AGGCUGUGGGUACGUAACGUAGGGUAUGAAAUUUUAUGGGACGAAUAUUUGUUAAAGAAUUAUUCAACAAGGCGAGAAUAGGCAACAUCUUCUUCCAUAUAUUCGGUAUGGACCUCGACGAUGAUAUUCCUAUGUUAGUAGAUGUGGAAGGGAAAGAAGGAAAUAUAGAGGAUGAAGCAAAACCAAUCAAAGUACCAAUUACAAUUGUCACUGGUAAGUUCUAUAUAUACAUCUAAAUCGAAUGAUAUAAUUAAUAUGAAACUUCAAGGAUAUCUUGGUGCCGGCAAGACAACUUUGAUGAACUAUAUUUUGAAUGAGCAACAUGGAAAAAAGAUAGCUGUGAUAUUGAAUGGUAUUACUCUUUACAUACUCCUUAGGUCUUCAAUCACAUAAUUGACACUUAGGCUAACUGCUUGUACAGAAUUUGGUGAUUGUAAGUUGGAAACUAGAGAUUGAGUGAUCUUCCUGGUUCUUACUUUACUACUGCUCUACCAUGAUCUGACCAGUUACCAUGGCUUAUAACAUCCAACUAACGUCUUUACCAUGCAGCCGCUGAUAUAGAGAAAUCUUUAACCGUUAAUACCGGUAGUGAGCAAGUGGAAGAAUGGCUCGAUGUUGGUAAUGGCUGUAUAUGUUGUUCCGUAAAGUAAUAACUCAUAUUCCUCCUCAAUUCUUUCCUCCCCUCCCUGCCACAUUCCCUCUCUCCUUCCCUUCCCCCUUCCCCCUUCCCCCUUCCCUCACAUCUCACCAACACAUCCCCAGGGACUCCGGUGUAAACGCCAUCGAAACCCUCAUGGAACGUCGCGGCGCCUUCGAUUACAUCCUCCUCGAAACCACCGGACUUGCCGACCCAGGUAACCUCGCGCCCCUCUUCUGGGUCGACGAAGGCCUUGGAAGUACCAUCUACCUCGACGGAAUCGUCACACUCGUCGACGCGAAAAACAUUAUCAAAUCCCUCAAUGAACCGGUUCCUUCCGAGAUCCCCUCCGAGACACCCAACCAAAGCAAAUCUUAUUCCAACGUCAAUAAUGAGAAACAUGAACAUUCAGGGCCUCAUCUAACAACAGCUCAUCUCCAAAUAUCACACGCCGAUGUUCUUAUUCUUAAUAAAUCCGAUUUGGUCACUCCGGAAGAAUUGGAAAUUGUUAAGGAAAGAAUCACUGCUAUAAAUGGUUUGGCAAAAUUACAUGUUACGGAAUUCGGUGCAACUCCAAAGUUGGAAGGUGUCUUGCUAGAUUUACAUGCAUAUGAUAGAGUUGAUUUUAAUUUGGAGGAAGUAAAGGCAAAAGGACAUAGUCAUUUAGAUCCUGUAAGUUUAUAUUUUUUAUUGCUUCUAUCUCCAACCUCCAUCUCCUACCUCCAUCUCCAACCCCUAUCAUCCCUUAAACUACCAAAUCUAACUAAACUAACCAACCCACUCACCAAAAAAACAGACAAUCACAACCCUCACUCUAACCGUCCCCCGCUCCCCAACCUGCACCCGCACCUAGACGCCUGGCUCCGUUCUCUCCUCUGGGAUUCCACCAUCCCAACCCCUUCUUCUUCUUCAUCAACCACCACCACCUCCUCCACCUCACCCUCCUCCUCACCCCCAUCCUCCACCCCCUCCCGAAAUCCACCGUCUCAAAGCCCGUCUCCCACUCACAAACACCACCACCACAAAAAUAAUCCAAGCCGUACGAGAAAUUUUCGAAAUUCUAGAUGAUCCAUCUCCAUCUCUAUCUCCCGGAACAGAAACAGAAACCGGAUUCACAAAACCCGAAAUGGGAAAUAAUCCCCACCACAGUAGUGGUAAUGAUAGUGAAGGAAAAAUCGUCUUGAUAGGAAGGAAUAUUAGGGAUAUGGAGGGGGUUUUACUAGAGAGUUUUUUGAAUUGUGUUGUUGAGGGGAACAU